UAUCUGAUAGAUGUAGUCUGGGAACUAACGAAAUGGCCGUCGAUCGUUUUCGAUGACGAACGGGAAAAUUUUAAUCGGUGCUUUGGCGUUAACGCUGUUCUUUCUAGUGGCUGGGUUAGUCCGUAGCUUUUUCCAGUUUCCUGAAGAUAAGGUUGUUGGCACCAGGCUCUUAAAGUCCAGCAUGAUGGAGGGGAGAAUGAGAACCAAUGAGAAGCAUGUUGCAGUGGAUGUCCUCAAGUUUUUUCAUCUUGAGGAUGGUUUGGAGUUGCGUUGGGUCCAUGCAGUGAACAGUCAAAAAAGACUUCAGGAAGCCUUAUCUGGAAAGACCAUGAUGCUGGAGGCAGAUGUUUUGCUGCGCCCUGCAGAUGGAACACCAAUUAUGGCUCACCCUCCCGAUACCGAAAGUGACCUUUCACUUGAACAAUUUCUCAAAGAAACCAUUGGCACAACUAAAGGUAUCAAGUUGGAUUUCAAAAGUACAGCUGCAAUUGAACCUUCCUUGAAAAUUCUCUUAGAUAUAACUUCAGGGCAAGAAGUACAUAACCCGGUAUGGUUCAAUGCUGACGUCAUACCUGGUCCAUGCCACAAAGAUACUGAAUGUAAUGAUGCAGUUAUUGAUCCACACGUUUUUCUUUCUCUUUGUGCCAAGUAUUACCCCUCAGCUGUCCUUUCCGUUGGGUGGACAACUGGGGAACAUAUUUUUGUGGAAAAGGAUUUCUAUGAGUGGCAUUUUGUUAACCCAAUGAAAGACUUGCUGUCUGACGUAUCACAAGCUAUCACCUUCCCUAUCAGAGCCAACAUGGUUGGUAACUCAACGGAACAGAUCACUUGGCUUCUCAGUCUCUCAGAUCAAUACACGUUAACGAUUUGGUCAACAAACUUCGACGAGCCAAACAUGAAAGAAUUGGUGAGCCUGCGAAAUAAAGUCGACAAAAGUAGGAUUUUUUAUGACAUACCUCCUGAUCAGGAAAUAAAGUUUAUGGAAGAACUUAAGCACCAAAAUUAGAUGUAUUUAUGAGGACAUUAUGCGAGAAUCGUGGAUAAAGAUGUAAAGAAUGGAUUUAAAGUGUGAAACGCAAAUCUCUUAUUUUGUUUUCAGUUUCACGGUGGAGAAAAUUUGUGAAAACAUCUCUUAUGAGAAUCUGCUCUUCAAAACAGCUACGAGUCUCAGACUUACUGAGAGACUGGCAAACAAUUUUGACAGUCGCGAAAUUACACUGAAGACAUUUGUAACACUAGUCACACAAAGUCAUAGAUAAUUAGAAAUAGAUAACGACAUUUGCAGGACAUCGCGAGGAAUCUAUAGGGGAAACUUUGCUUGGAAUAUAGAACAAUACAGAUAAACAAACUCUUUGUGUUCCCUUGGUCUUUAACAAUGCUUGGUGUGGUUAGAAAAUCUCCCUUGAAAGACUUCCCCUAUCGUUUACCAUUGUCAAAGUUGAACAACAUUUUUUUCUUGCUCGAGCGUGUGAAAAACGUUUGGAGAUCUGUUUACGUCAUUAAAUACGAUAACACUAAAUGUCCAAUAGUUGAUAACGCUGCUAUAUAUUCGUAUCAAGUCCAGGUGUGCGUUAUUUUCCUUGAGAAAAAAUUCCUAAGAAAAUACGCGCGUUGAUUGGUUAAAAAUCGUGUUUCUAUAACUCGAUAGAAACACAGAACUAG